AUGUCACGCUCAGAUGGGUUAGAAAAAUACUCUAAAUGGUUAAAAAAGGAAGUGGAAAAUGGUAAUAUAUUCUUUUAUAAUUAUUCACUGUUCAGCGAUAUUGAAGCUAUUGGAAGCGGCGGGUUUGGACUUAUUAGUUCGGCUGACUAUGAUGGAGAAAAAGUCGCAUUAAAAAACCUCAAAACCAAAGAAGCAACUAAAGACUUCGUUAAUGAGGUAAUGAAUUUUUAG